AUGACCAAAUCUAACCUUCUUAUCUUCGGCGCCACCGGCGCAAUUGGCUCCUACAUCACCGCCGCAAUCACAGACGCGCGAGACGAAUUCGGCCGAAUCGGCAUCUUCACGAGCCAGAGCACACUCACUAAGAAAACGAAAGAGAUCAAUGCACUGCGCGAAAAGGCUGUCGAUAUCCUUGUUGGUGACGUCACGAGCAAGGAUGAAGUGCUAAAGGCUUUUGAUGGGUUCGACACCGUUGUAUCAGCCCUCGGCCGCGGCGUAAUAGCACAGCAGGUGCAUUUGGUUCAAUGGGCCGACGAAUCGCCUCAGAUAAAACGAUUUCUCCCCUCCGAGUAUGGCACUGACAUUGAGUAUUCCCUCGCGUCCGCAAACGAAAAGCCGCACCAGCAGAAGCUCAAAGUACGCGCUGCGAUCCGCGAAACGAAGAAUUUGGAGUAUGCGUUCGUGGUCACGGGCCCGUACGCUGAUGUUCCGUUUUAUCUUGGAGCUUCCAAGAACCCCCGCGGCGGGAGCUUUGAUGUCAAGAAUAAGAAGGCUGUUCUGCUUGGGGAUGGGAACGGGAGGAUCAGCUUGGUUGCUUGCGCUGAUGUCGGUAAAUUCGUCGUGCAUACCUUAACGCAUUGGGACAAAGCACGCGGCCGAGCGCUGAAGCUUAACUCGUUCACGACGACGCCGAAUGAUAUCUUAGCUGAAUUCGAAAAGCAGACAGGCAAUAAAUGGAGCGUCGAGUAUACAUCCUUGAAACAAUUGAAGCAGUACGAGAAGGAAGCGUGGGAGAAGGGUGAGCCUGAUGCGACGACCCUAACGCUCAGGCGGAUCUGGACAGAGGGAGGAACGCUUUAUGAGCGCAGGGAUAAUGAGGAUAUUGGAGCGGAGAACACUACCACUUUGGAGGAGGCUGUCAACGGGGCUAUUAAGACGCAACUCGGACAGUAA